AAUAAUCGAAAAAAUCAGUUUCGAAUUUUGUUUAAAAAUUCCAUUCCACUGAAACGAAGAAGAAGCCAAAUGAUUGCACAACUCGUGCUUCCAAUUCUUGUGAUUUUCGGAUCUCUGGUGAUGAAUUGUGGCGGAAAGAAGAAGAAGUCAGCAAAUUCUCCGGAAGGAACAAAUAAAUCAAAGUUAGGGGCUCCAAAGGAGAAGAAGGAUGAAACUGAAGGCAACUACGAGGAGCUCGCCGUGCCACAAUAAUUUUCAGGAUUCUCAUUUUUCACUUGAAUAAACCAGUUUUAUUGGGAU